UCCUCUCUGGCUCCUGCUGCAGCUGGUGCCUUUGCCCUCUCCUGCUUGGCUGGUGAAGAUGGUGAAGCCAGAUAUCCACACUCUGGCCCAUCACCUCAAACAGGAACGGCUCUACGUGAACUCGGAGAAGCAGCUUCUUCAGCGGCUCAACGCGGAGGUGCUGAAAACAGCGGAGAAGCUGUACAGCUCGGCAUGGAUCACCAAGCAGCAGAGGAUCAACCUAGACAGGCUGAUCCUGACAAGCGCUGAGGCUUCCCCGGCAGAGUGCUGCCAUCAUGCCAGAAUCCUGGAGGACACGCAGUUCGUGGACGGCUACAAGACGCUGGGCUUCCAGGAGACCAUCUACGGGGAGUUCCUAAACUAUCUGAGGGAGAACCCCAGGCUGGUGGCCUCUUGCCUGGUGGCGGGCGAGAAGCUGAACCAGGAGCACGAGCAGGGGGUCAUUCACACCGUCUUCAUCUCGCUGUACGGGAACUGCAUCAUGCAGGAGGACGAGAGCUACCUGCUGCAGCUGCUGCGCUACCUCAUCGAGUUCGAACUCAAGGAAAGCGACAACCCCCGGAGGUUGCUGCGCCGGGAGACCUGCGCCUUCAGCAUCCUCUUCAAGCUCUUCUCCGAGGGCCUGUACUCUGCCAAGCUCUUCCUGACUGCCACGCUCCACGAGCCCAUCAUGCAGCUCCUGGUGGAGGACGAGGACCACCUGGAGACCGACCCCAGCAAGGUGACGGAGCGCUUCACCCCGGCCCAGCAGGAGAAGCUGUUUGGGGAGAAGGGCUCCGAUGGAUACAGGCGCAAGGUCCUGGAGAUGGUGGAGUCCAACGAGGCCAAGCUGGUGACCCUGGUCAACAAGUUCAUCGGCUACCUGAAGCAGAACACCUACUGCUUCCCCCACAGCCUGCGGUGGAUCAUCACGCAGAUGUACAAGACCCUGUCGUGUGUGGAGAGGCUGGAGGUGGGGGAGGUGCGGGCCAUGUGCACAGAUCUCCUCCUGGCCUGCUUCAUCUGCCCAGCUAUCGUCAACCCCGAGCAGUACGGCAUCAUCUCCGACGCCCCCAUCAACGAAGUGGCCAGGUUUAACCUCAUGCAGGUUGGUCGACUGUUGCAGCAGUUAGCCAUGGCAGGCGCUGGCGAGGGAGAUCCUCGAGGGAAGAGCAGCCUUUCAAAGUUCGACAAAGUCUGUGUUGCUACUUUUCUGGAUGUUGUGAUUGGUGGGCGUGCUGUGGAGACCCCUCCCAUGUCCUCUCUUAACCUCUUGGAGGGCCUGAGUAGGACCGUGGUGUACAUGACGCAGAGUCAGCUGAUAGCACUGGUGGACUUUGUGAGGAACGUCAUGUCAGGAGACCAGCUGCGCGAUGAAGACAGGAUGACUCUGGAGACCUUGCUGGCCAGCGUACCGCAGUCCAGGGCAGGCAAAAGCAACAGUCUUGAACUGACACCUGCCAGCACACCCCAGCUCUCUCCCGCCACCACUCCUGCCAACAAGAAAAACAGAAUGCCAACAGCAGCCUCACGCGGUCGUAGCCGCUCCAACAACGCCCUGGACCAGUCGAGCGACCCGGAGGCAGGCUCCCAGGAGUCUGUGCAGGAGGUCCUUCCCGAGGAGGUGCUGGUGAUCUCGCUCGGUAACGCCCCACAGAUCACCCCCGGGAUGAUGUCUGAAAACGAGGUGCUGAACAUGCAAAUGGCUGAUGGAGGUCAGGGGGAGGUCCCAGUAGACGACGCCAAGCUGCAUGGCAAACCUGACAAAACCCUGCGCUUCUCACUGUGCAGUGACAACCUGGAAGGAAUUUCGGAAGGUCCCUCCAAUCGCUCCAACUCUGUGUCCUCCUUGGAUCUGGAAGGAGAGUCGGUGUCUGAGCUGGGGGCUGGGCCUUCGGGGAGCAAUGGGGUGGAGGCCUUGCAGCUACUGGAACAUGAGCAAGCCACGACGCAGGAUAACCUUGAUGAUAAGCUGAGGAAGUUUGAAAUCCGGGAUAUGAUGGGACUGACGGAUGACCGGGACAUUUCGGAAACCGUCAGCGAAACCUGGAGCACCGACGUCCUGGGCAGCGACUUCGAUCCCAACGUUGACGAGGACAGGCUCCAGGAAAUCGCCGGUGCCGCUGCAGAGAGCAUGCUGGGCAGCCUGCUGUGUCUGCCAGGCUCCGGCUCAGUGCUGCUAGACCCCUUCACCGGAUCCACUAUCUCCGAGACAACCAGCGAGGCCUGGAGCGUGGAGGUCCUGCCCAGCGACUCCGAGGCUCAAGACCUGAAGCAGGAGGAGAGGCUGCAGGAGCUGGAGAGCUGCUCUGGGCUGGGCAGCACCUCCGAUGACACAGACGUGCGCGAGGUCAGCUCUCGACCCAGCACACCCGGCCUCAGCGUGGUCUCAGGUAUAAGUGCAGCCUCCGAGGACAUCCCCAGUAAGAUUGAGGACCUUCGAUCGGAGUGCAGUUCUGAUUUUGGAGGGAAGGACUCCGUGACUAGUCCCGACGCAGAAGAGUCUGGGCAUGGAGCCCAGCAUUUGACAUCUCCGCCUUCCCAAGCCGAAUCCUUGCUUGCCAUGUUUGACCCCCUCGCCUCUGGAGAAGCUCCGACGGUGGUCAGACCGAAGGGGCACUACGCACGACCACCACACCCUCCCCCGGACCCCCCGAUCCCAGAGGCGUGUGCCAUGGGCCAGGAGCCCAGGCUGCCCGUGUUCAUGCCGCAUGGGCUGUGCCAGGCAGAGCAGCGGCACUCGUAUCCAGAUAGGCUGGUGAGGAGCAGGAGCUCGGACAUCGUGACGGCCUCGAGGAGGCCCACCAGUGACCCCAGCUGGAACAGGAGGCUCGGCACCGAGGAGAGAGAUGUGACGGUAGGAGCCCCUGGCAGUUUCCCUGUGGGGCCCUCAUCCUCUCCCAGUAAGGAUUCUCUGAAAGGAGAGACCGAGGAGAGGAAAGACAGCGAUGAUGAGAAGUCAGACAGGAACAAACCCUGGUGGAAAAAGCGCUUUGUCUCUGCAAUCCCUAAAGUGCUGUAUUGGACUGCUGAAGCACAUGACACAGCCCCCAUCGGUUUCAGGAAGAAGGACAAGCUGGAAAAGGACAGGGAUGAACAGGGAUCGGAAAGGUUUCCGCCCGUAGACGAGCCCGCGCCCCGGUUGAGUGCCCAGGCUCAGGCAGCGGAGGACAUCCUGGAUAAAUACAGGAACGCCAUCAAGCGAGGGAGCCCCAGCGAGGGAGCCUCCUCCACGCCUUAUGAGGGGCCAGAGGGACUCGGAGAAGGAGAAAGCGUCCACGGCUCUCCACGGGACGAAGCUCUUCAGAAUAUCUCCACUGAUGAUUUACCCGACUCUGCCAGCCAGACAGCCCAGCCGCAGGAUUCCAAUUUCUCAUUCAGUGAUGCCAAGAAGAAGCUGAGGAUGGCGCUGUGCUCGGCAGAUUCUGUUGUCUUCCCGAUUCUGACUCCCGCUACAACUAGAAAUGGUUUGCCAGACCAUAUGGACCCUGAAGACAAUGAGAUCGUCUGCUUCCUGAAAGUCCAGCUGGCUGAAGCCAUCAACCUUCAGGACAAGAACCUGAUGUCCCAAAUUCAGGAGACGAUGCGAUGCGUGGCUCGGUUCGACAGCCGGACCUGUCGAAAACUCCUGGCUGCCAUAGCUGAGGAUUACAGGAAACGCGCUCCCUACAUCGCCUACCUGAUCCGGUGUCGCCAGGGCCUGCAGACCUCGCAGGCUCACCUGGAGCGGCUGCUGCAGAGGGUGCUGAGAGACAAAGAGGUGGCCAACAGAUACUUCACCACCGUCUGUGUGCGGCUGCUUCUGGAGUGCAUGGAACCCAGAAUGCAGGAGUUCAUUAAAGCUUUUCAGGGUUUUACUGCCUCGGAUGAAAAAACAGACUGGGUUGAGGACUUCCUGCGCUAUUUAUACGGGGCCAUGGCAAACGACACGAUCUGGCAGAACGCCAGUGAAGAUCAGCUGCAGGACGCUCAGAUGGCGAUCGAGCGAAGCGUCAUGAACCGCAUCUUCAAGUUCGCCUUCUACCCCAACCAGGACGGAGAUAUCUUAAGAGACCAACUCUUGCAAGAACAUAUGCAACGCCUUUCAAAAGUGGUGACGGCCAAUCACAAGGCACUCCAGAUACCGGAGGUCUACCUGAAAGAGGCUCCCUGGCCGUCUGCACAGGCAGAAAUCCGGACGAUCAGCGCUUACAAGACCCCGCGGGACAAGGUCCAGUGCAUCCUGAGGAUGUGCUCCACCAUCAUGAAUCUGCUGAGCCUGGCUAACGAGGACUCUGUCCCUGGGGCUGACGACUUUGUCCCUGUCCUGGUGUUUGUUCUGAUUAAGGCCAACCCCCCCUGCCUGCUGUCCACCAUUCAGUACAUCAAUAAUUUCUAUGCCAGCCGGUUGGGUGGAGAGGAGUCCUAUUGGUGGAUGCAGUUCACAGCAGCAGUGGAAUUCAUUAAAACCAUAGACGAUCGCAAGUGAUGCAGAACGCCAGCUGCAGUAGCAGCCUGCUCUGGAGGAAGCAGGCAACGCUCUCACCAACUGCUGAAAAAACAACAACAGAACACCACGUCAUUUCUCACUUGUAUAUUUUGUACAUAGAGUAGAGGCAUUUUAAAAUAAUUAACAGUGGUAAUAAUAAUAAUAAUAAUAAUAAUAAUAAUAAUAAU